GGAACAAUGCUUGGUGGCGACGCAAAAGGUUGAAGGCGGUUCCCCAAAUAAAACAUAAAAAUUGAAAUGAGAAGGAAAGAGAAGGAAAAGGAAAGAGAAGGAAAGUGAGAGCAGUGAAGAAGAGCAAGCGAAGAAAUGGGCUCUUAUGGUCUUCCGCAUCCUCCCUCUCUUCUCUUCUCUCUCUCAGUUCUGCUCUCUUUCUUCUUAUCGUGCUCCAGUACCGUCACUACAUUUAAAGGCAUUGAUGUGGAAAAGCCAAAUAUUGAUGUCAUUCCAUCUCUUCUUGCUGGUUAUGCAUCGUCUUCUCAUGGUUCUAAUGAUGUUUUAUUGUGUGAACGCAUUCGAGUUGCUGGUCAAUCAAGAUUGAAACUUGGGAGUUACGCUAGUGCAUAUCAGGUUACUCUGGUCCCAUCUGUAGUAAUUCCCGAGAGAUCACAUAACAAAAUUCAGAUUUGUUUUCACAAGAAUGCUUCACGUGGUUUAUGUCAAUGUGAAAAGGAUGAAUGGAAAGCUGUCCAGAAGGGGCUUUGGAGCUCUGUCAUGUCACCUUAUGAGGACAGAUAUGUUGAUGUUAAGUUCGUUGGUGAAAUUUCUGGUCCUGUCACAUUGGCAGUUGAAGAUGUUUUUCAAAGAUGGCGUUUACUUUGUCUUGCUUUUGGCUUUGUUUUAUUGCUGUUGGCACCAGUGGUCAGCAGUUGGGUUCCUUUCUAUUAUAGCAGUUCAAUGGCUAUUGGAGUCUUGCUUGUCAUUAUAAUCCUUCUUUUUCAGGGGAUGAAAUUGUUACCAACUGGCAGGAAAAAUGUCUUCUACCUCACUUUAUAUGGAUCAGUGGUUGGAGCAGGAUCUUUUCUGUUACAUCAAUUGUCAACGUUUGUCAAUUCAAUUCUUGUCAAUUUUGGGCUGAGUGAAGAGAUGCACAACCCUGUGUCUGUAUUUGUACUACUUGGGAUUGUCCUUGCAGGAGCUGCUUUAGGAUAUUGGAUUGUGCGGAAAUUUGUUAUUUCAGACGAUGGAAGUGUAGACGUUGGCAUAGCUCAAUUUGUGAAAUGGGCCAUGCGUGUCAUUGCAGCCGCAUUUAUUUUCCAGAGUACUCUUGAUACUCCUCUAGCAAUGGGAGCAUUGGUUUCUUGUUUGGCAAUCUACUUGUUUAUCACAUUGUUCAAGUGGAAUGGUCCAAAAACUAUGAUUCCUUUUAAGAAUUCAAGGCACUCGGGAAAUGGGAGUCCUUGGCAGAGUGGAGGAUGGGCAACUGCAAAACACAAUCAUGCUGAAUUUCGUAGUAUGUCAGGGAAAAUCGGCCCACGAGGAACACUCUGGAACAGCCCAAGGAGUCCGUCUGCUUGGUCUGACUCUCCUGUUAAAGGUUUGAUAUCUUCACCCACUGAUAGGGUGACAAGAAAUCAGCAGGAUUACUAUUCAACCUUCCACAAAACACCCACUAGAAGGAAGAUGUCGAAAAAAGAGUGGGAGACUUUCACAAAGGAAUCAACCCGGGAAGCUGUGGCAGAGUUGGCAUCCUCCCCAGAGUUUACUGAUUGGAUGAUCAAGCAUGCGGACAGGAUACAACUCCUUCCAGAUGAUACUUCAGAUGAAACACUUGGAAGCGGGUCAGAUUCCACUGAUGAGAAUGCUGUAGAGAGCUGCAACGAAUUUGGUUUAUUCAAAUGGCAGCACCAAAAGUUGUAGAUCAAACUAGUUAUGCGGGAAUUAGACAUUUGAUAUUGACAUUUGUGGUAGAACAUGAUGUAGAGGGUUAGGAAUAGUUCUCAAAUUCGUUCUUUUUUUUAUUUGUUUUUGGUUAUUUCCUCUUACUGUGGAUCUUGUGAAAAAUUUGCAAAAAUCUAUGUAAUGUUACACUUUCAGCUUUAGUAUAUGCUUCUUCCCUUGAAAGGCCUCUCUCUACAUGUUCAUAAUGGAGGCUAGGGGACGGCACAAUUGUGAUUUC